AUGCAGUACGUGCGCUCGCAGCAGCUGUGCCGGGACGGCGCGCCGCCGGAGCCGCCGCAGCACCAGCUGCAGACGCCGACGUCCCCCGAGAGCAACGAGACGCCCGAGCGGCGCAACCUCAAGAGCAUCCUCAAGAAGCUCUCGGCGGGCUCGCUAUUUUCGGCGGUGCCGCCGCCCGCAGCCGCCGCGGCAGCAGGCGACGACUCGGCAGCCGCCCGCACCUCCGCCCCCGCCGCCCCCGCAGCUGUUGGCGGUCCGGGCGACGAGGCUCCACCCGCAGGCGCCGCCCCCGGGGCGCAGACCGUCUGUUCCCCCACCGCUGCCGCCAAGCAACGUCAGGUGGACAUGCGCAAGCUGAUGCGUGCGCCCACGGUGGAAGGCUACGCUGCGAGGCACUCCAAGCUCACCAAGAGCGUCACCUUCAACCGCGACACACUCCAGUCGCCUCCAGCGUCUCCUCCAGCGUCGCCUGUCGCAUCUCAGCAGCCUCCAGCGCAGACAGGUCCCACUAGUCCGACAACAACAGCGGAAGACAAUCGAUUGAUAACUCCUCCGCCACCAGUUAUUGCCCAGAAGAAGCCACAACCGCCUGCUUCCGUCUUAGCAGCGAAUCAGAAAAACUUUCUGGGAACAUCGCUGCUCCUACCAUCACAAAAUGGAGAUGAAGAAUUUUUUGGUGACAUAAUCAGUGGCAUCAAGCAAGUCAUCCAGGGCCAUCUCGAGGACAUACAGAACAAAUUUCAAUCACGUUUUCAGUCCUUAGAAUUGGAGGUCAAGCGAAGAGAUGAAAUCAUUCAGCAACUGCAAAAGAGAAUUCACGAACUUGAGAACCCCCCGCAAGGAGAUGCAGAAAGUCACCCUUUAGUGCCUAACGGUGGAGAAGAGAGCAGCAGUGACCAAUCUGAUGCCGAUGACCAACCAUUUAUGAGGGGAGACUCCGUGGACACAGUGCUGGGGUCCCCUGAGACGGCUCGGCCUCGUGCCCGUCACGAUCAGGCGCCCCCAGCACCGGGCCGGUGUCGACCGCGGCCGCCAUCUUGGGACGAGGUGUCCCGUGAGGAGCGUGUCGAGCUGGGCGUGCUGCCGCCACCGGUCCCACUGCCGCUGCCUCUGCCGCCAGCGCCCAAAAAGCCUUCCUGGAGGCAGGAGUCCAUUUCUGUGGACCUCGGCAGUUCUUCCGAAGACUCUUCUGAGUCCUCUAGCAGUGGUGCCGAGGAAGAAGGGUUUGACCAACGAGCAGGUGUGUCGUGGGAAGUGCAAAUGUUGGCUCGUGAAAUGGAGAGGCAAGAGCAAGAACAGCAACGAAUUACAAAUUCUGAGUUGAAUAUGCUGCAAAGGCUUGUUGAUGAACAACAUCCAGAGGUGCCAGCAUCCAUGAGUGGAAUGAGAGCACAGAGCUUUGAAUACCCUCCACACCAGCAACGGAUGCCAUUGCGGGCACAAUUGUCUACCAAUGGUUGCCCUUAUGAUGGAUCAGCCCAACAGACACCACUCUGCAGUACAGAUACCACACUGAGUUCGUUGCCACCUGUACCACCACGAGGACAACCAUAUGUGCCAUCAGAUACCUGA